AUGUUGGGGGCUGAAUGGAAUGGGUCGGUGAAGUCUGGGCCGGUAGAGGGCAAUAAAGGGAGUGGGUCUAGUGUUAUGUGUAUGUGCGGAAGUGUCAUAAGUGGAGAAAGGGAAUUCGACUUCAUGGAAGAACGUUGCGACUAG